AUGAUAUAUAUAUUUGUUAUAAGUUUAAUAAUGUAUGUCUUAAACAAUAUUAAUAAUUGUUUGAAACAUUUUAUGAAAAAUCAAUUAAAUUCACGAAUUGUUAUUAAAAAGCAUUUAAUUAAUGAAAUGUUUGAUAAAAACUUUGUUUACAUUUCUAAAUGUUUUUGUCAUUCAAAUAAAAAUCCAAUGAUUGAAGCCAUUGAUGAAACACCUGUUUAUGACAGCAAUGACUAUAUCGACAAUAAAUCAUAUGAUUAUCCAAUUAUUAAUGAAUCACUUUUGAAGACUCAAUUGGAUUUGUCUGAGAGAAGAGUUGCCAAAACCAAUGAAGAGUAUCGAUUGUUGAGACAAUUGAAGGUCAAACAGCCGCCUAUACCACGUCUGGCCAAAGUUGUUAUGAUUGGGUCACCAAAUGCUGGUAAAUCAACGAUUACUAAUCAAUUGGUUGGUCACAGAGUUAGCGCCGUUUCGUCUAAAGUACACACAACAAGACAAGGAGUGGUUGGAGUUGUUGUUGAAGAUGAGAUCCAAAUUGAAUUGUUGGACACACCGGGAAUAGUGACCCGACAGCACUGUGCAAAACAUAAACUGGAGACCAAUUUCAUUAAUGACCCGAUAAGAGGUGUUGACUCUGCAGAUAUUAUUGCCAUUAUUAAUGAUGUAUCAAAUAUUAGGGAACGAAAAGGACUGAAUAAAGGAGUGAUUAAACUAUUAAAAAGACAUCCAAACAAAGAAUCAGUUCUUAUUUUGAAUAAAAUCGAUAAAAUAAAAGAAAAACGAAAACUUUUAGAUAUAACCACUCUAUUGACAGGCGGUGUUGUCGGAGGAAUAACUUCUUUAAUAACUAAAAAACGUGUGGUUUUUAAUAAUCAAAAAAGUUUAGAAACAAUUUUAAACAAAACCGAAGAAAAGUUAAAUCUGAAAACUAAUAUCAAUAUCAAUACCGAUAAUGAAAAUGAAAUAAAUAGUGAAGAUAUUGAAAAUAUUAGUUGGAAUCGAUUCUCUCGUGUUUUCAUGACUUGUGCGCUAACUGGCGAUGGAAUCGAUGAUAUUCGACAAUAUUUUUUAAGUAAAGCACCAUUUCAUCCGUGGAGAUAUCAUAGAUCUCAAGUUACUGACCAAAGUCCACGUGAUAUAAUCAUCAAUGCAAUCAAAGAGAAACUGUUGGAUCUAUUGCCACAAGAGAUUCCUUAUAAAAUAGAUUCAGUGAUUACAAUGUGGCACUUGGAUCCCACGGGAAAUAUGUUUAUAUCACUGAAUUUGUUUUGUCCAAAAAGGUUUCAGUCACUUGUUAUUGGACCCAAAGGUCAGACCAUAGCAUCAGUGGUUCAGUCAGCCAAAGAUGCGCUUCAAAACACUUUUUAUUGUGACAUUUCUCUCAAAAUUAUUGUUAAAGGAGUCGAUAGAAAAUAAUGACAACUUUCCUCUUGACAUUUAC